AUUGAUAAAAAGUGAUGGUACAAUAUUGAAAGAAGGAGACACGUACAGAGAUCCGGUGCUUGCAAAAACUUUGAGAUACAUUUCAUUGAAUCCAAGAGGAUUUUACGAAGGAGCUCUGGCGAAGACAAUGGCGCAAGAAAUCCAGGAGGAAGGGGGAAUAUUAAGUGAAGACGACCUGAGACGUUACGACGUGGAAUGGAAAAAUGCUACAGUGGUGAAGCUGCAAGGCACCAAGCUACAACAUUACAGUGUUAGCCCCCCUUCCAGUGGAGCUGUACUUGGCUUCAUACUUAACGUUAUGGCUGGUUACAAAUUAACUCCCGAUUCCUUCUCAGAAAACAACUUAUCUUUGACACUACACAGACUCAUUGAGGUCUCCAAAUUCGCAUUUGCUGGUAGAAGUAAGCUCGGGGACGAAAAAUUUGACAACUUUUCAGGCCUGUCUAAAAAGCUGGCAUCGAAGGGGUUUGCAGAAGAGAUUCGUUCCAAGAUAGAUGACUCAAGAACGUUCACGGACACAUCUCACUACGGCAAUAUUUACGAGGAGGCACGCGAUGGCGGAACGGCUCACGUCAGCGUUUAUGCCGCUGAUGGAUCGGCCGUUUCCCUCACUUCCACUAUUAACAAUGCUUUUGGAUCAGGCGUGAGAGGGCGACAGACAGGCAUUUUAUACAACAACGAGAUGAACCUCUUCACAGGAAUUGAUGAGGAGGCAUUUGCAUCCAAUUUGAACCUUAGUAACCAGAUCAAACCAUACAAAAUUCCGAUGUCAUCGAUGAGUCCCAGCCUAAUCAUGGACAAACAUUUCAAUGUGGGACUCAUAACAGGAGCAUCUGGUGGACCAAGGAUCAUCACUUCGAUAGCAGCUGUCAUCCUAGGCAGCAUCUUUGGCAAUGAAACGCUAGAUGUUACAGUGGACAGACCGAGAAUUCACCACCAGCUGUUUCCUAACCAAGUCCUAUACGAGAAUUGGAUGGAGGAGAAGCACGUAGAUGAUUUAAAAAUGAGAGGUCACAUUAUGAAUCCCGUAAUAAAAACUGCAGUCUGUGGAACAAUAAAAGUGAAAAAUGAUGCCAAUGAAAGAAAACUUUUGAUCGAAGCCGUCAGUGAUGGAAGGAAAGGAGGUCAGCCCGAAGGACUGUGAACCCUUCCUUCAGACAUCCAACAUUUUUCUGGCACUGCUCUUUCAUACAAUUUUAUUUCAAUUUGCAUGUAAUUAAUAUAAUCAUUCUACGAUAAUUUUUAUAUUUUUACAGUUUAAAUAACUUUUAGAAAUUUUUUGUAUCAGACAACAAUAGGUUGCAAUAUCAUUGUAUUCAUUUCGAAAUUUUUGUAGUUUGUUUCAGCGAUAAAAUUUGGUUAGCGUUCAAACGCGUUUAUUUUAAUACAACAAUAUUUAA